UCGCAAAUUCUCUUUUACAACUCGUCAAAUUUAUGGGGCUUGGCCAGCAAACCUUUGGGCUACAUUUGUAAUUUGAAAGAUAAUGUGGAGGCGUUGGGGAAGGCCACUGGAGAUCUGGAGGCCAUGAGCGGAGAUGUGAAGGGAACGGUGGAACGUGAAGAACGAGAGGGAGGUGUACGGCGCACAAAUCAAGUGGAGAACUGGUUAUGCAAGGUGCAAGAAUUUGAAGGUGGAGUAGAUCAAGUUCUUGAAGAAGCCAGGGAAUGUGACCGAAUCAAAUGUUUCAGUCGUUGUCUUCCUCAGAAUUGCUGGUCGAGCUAUAAAUUGGGGAAAAGAGUUGAUCGAUUGCUCAAUGAAGCGAGAGAGCUCCAAGGUAAGAAAAGAGAAUUCAGCAAUUUCACGUCACCAUUGCCUAGCCCGGCAAUACUUGCGAUACCUAUGGUUAAGACCGUGGGGCUUAAUAUUUUGCUUAAUGAAGUGUGGAAAUGGCUAGCGGACGAAAAAAAAACAGGAAUGUUUGGAUUAUACGGAAUGGGCGGUGUGGGAAAGACCACCCUCAUGAAACAUAUCAACAAUGAGCUUUUGUGCACAAAUCUUAAAUUCGAUGUCGUUAUUUGGGUGGUGGUGUCAAAGCAAGUGAACGAAGAUAACAUUCGAGACGUCGUAAGGAAAGGACUGAACAUUAAAGAUGAGAUCUGGGAUGGAUGGUCUCAGAAUCAUAGGGUCCAUCAUUUGUUGAAUAGUUUGGCUGAAAAGAAGUUUGUGUUGUUGAUUGAUGAUGUAUGGGCGAGGCUGGACCUUUUCGAAAUCGGAGUUCUUCCUCCUAGUCCAAAGAACGGAUCCAAGGUAGUAUUCACAACUCGGUCGAAGCAAGUAUGCCACCAAAUGGGAGCCAACGAAACAUGCGAAGUAUCGUGCUUGAAGCCCGAAGAAGCUCUAACAUUAUUCGAGAAGAACAUCGGCAAAUCGCUUGAAAAUUGUGAUGAUGACAUUCAACGCCUGGCCAAGGACAUUGCUAAAGAGUGCAAAGGGUUGCCAUUGGCCCUUGUUACCGUCGGGCGAGCCAUGGCUGGCAGAGAGCAUCCCCAUGAGUGGCAUUAUGCGCUAACAACUCUCAGGAACAAACCGCAUCAACUGUCAGGUAUGGAGGAAGUGUAUCACAUACUAGAGUUCAGUUAUAAUAGUUUAAGCGACUCUAUCGUUAAAUUUUGCUUCCUUUACUGUUGUCUCUUCCCUGAGGAUUACCUCAUAGACUCGCACGAUCUUAUUGAAUUGUGGAUUGGAGAGGGCUUGCUAGGAGACACCGAUGAUGUAUACAAUAUGCGGGAGAGUGGAGAGUAUGUAUUGGGGAGUUUAAAGAUGGCUUGUCUAUUGGAAAGUGAGACGGUUAUUCAUUUGGGACUACAGUUUGUAAAGAUAAAGAUGCACGACGUUAUCCGCGACAUGGCGACUUGGAUUGCUCGCGACCACGGGAAAAAGGAGAACAAGUUGCUAGUGAUAGAGAAGGAAGAAGAUAUGUCCACAAAAGGGAUGUCCAAAUGGGGGGAAGCGGAGAAAGUAUCUCUAUGGGGAAAAUGGAUUUCGAAUAUCCACCAAGCACCACUUGGGUGUUUCCAACCCAAAACUUUGAUUGUAAGGGAAACUAAAGUGAGUGUCUUGCCAAGAGGAUUUUUUGAGUCGAUGGCAGCUUGUCUUAUGGUCCUUGACCUAUCCAACAAUAAUAAUAUUGACGUCAUUCCCGAAGGGAUUUGCAAUUUGAUUAGCCUACGUUGGGAAUUGAGUCUAGAGAAUGAAGAGGAGGUGGUGGAGGAACUAGGGCGCAUGCAAGGUCUCACCGAUUUAUCUAUCAAGGUGAACAAAUCUUCCUCUGCCCUAAAAAUAUUCCAAUCCUUUCAGAGAUGCAUAAGGAGAGUAGGUAUCGAGAAUUGCGAGGGCUUGACCCACAUCCCAAUAAGUCACUCAUUAAAAGGGAGCGGCAAUUUCUCGCAUUUAGAGGUGCUUUCUCUAGAAGAUUGUCCUAUGCUUGUGAAGAUGGAGAUUAAUCAAGGGAUAGGACAAGCGCCCAACUGCUAUUGCUUCCCCAGCCUCGUUGAAGUUUUCAUUGUAAAAUGCGGAUAUUUGGACUUGUCCUGGCUUGUGCAUGCUCCGAAACUCCAAAGUUUGAUAGUCUGGCAUUGUAAUUUGAUGGAGAAAAUAAUCGGGGAUGGAAUUGCAAGAGAGGAAUUAGCUGCUUCAGGACUAUUCUCACGUCUCAAAUGCCUAUGGCUCGACAAUCUUCCAAAACUAAGGAGCAUUUGCGACCACGCUCUACUUUUCUCUCAAGGGGCGGAAUUCACGAUAUGUAUGUGUGCUGGUCUCAAAAAGUUACCGUUGGACUCGAACGGAAUGAGGGGAAGCUUCUCGAUCGUUGCGGGAGAAGGCUGGUGGGAGGAGUUCGAGUGGGACCCAGCCGCCCGGGUCACUUUGAUUUUGAAGGGUCCCGUAGAGGAAAUGACAUAUGGAGAGGCAGCACGUAAAAUCAAAGAUGAUGAGUCCAUCAACUACUUGACCAGGAUGGAAUUCCUAGCCUCGGGAGAGGAGUGA